AUGGCGAGGAAACGACAAAGAAUAGAUGGCAUGAAACCUAGAGAUACCUUAAGUAGUUCAGACCAUGGUAGUCGUAUUUCAAAUUUCAACAAUUUUGAUUACGCAAGUAAUUUAAACAGUACAAAUACUCAUUUACCUAAACGACAUAGAAUGUAUUAUCAUCAUGGGUUAAUGUCCAGUAAAGACUUCGUGCCUUCUCAAAGACUGUCUAAGCGAACGAAUGAUUCAAAUGAGAACCUGGAAGGUAAACUACGACAGGAAAUUCAAAAUGUUGUGGUGAAUGUAAGAGAUGAAGAAUACAAGGGAAAUGAAGGGUUGAACAAGGAUUACAAUACCCGUGAUAAUAGUAAUAGCAGUAGCAGUAGCAAUAGCAAUAAAGAUAAUGACGACAACGACAACGACAAUGACCGUGAUGAAGACGACGAUUUCGAAGCAUUAAGGAAUUCUUCUCCUUUAUCGAAAAUUAAAAGUCAAAAUUUUCUAUCAAUUACAACUAAUACCAAUAACAAUAGCACUUCCACAAUAAAUGAUCUUCCUUUAGAUUUAGGGAAACAUCUUAGCAUUAAAAAUAAAAACUUAAAGAGUUCAGGUACCAUUUACUAUAUCGAUUCUUCUCAAACUUCAUAUAAAAAUACGAAUUACAAGAUAAACAUCAACAUUAAGGAAAACGCAGUGAAACUUACAAUUAUUCCUCAAAAUUCACAAGACUCGACUGCAAUUAAUAUAGAAAGAGAUUGUGAAAAACUAAUAUUUGAUAAUGAUUUUACAACAUUGGGUAUCAAGCUUAAUAAUUAUAGAGAAAUCAAAUCAUUUGAUAAAAAAAGAAAUGAACGGAAAUUUAUAAAGACAAGAUUCAUAAUUUGGAGCACUACUAUUGCAUCUAGCCAUCAAUUGAGAUUGUUUUGCGAUACCUGUGAAAAAAAAUUUAGUACAUCAUUAAAAAUAAUAUACUCAUCAUCGUUAUAUGUAAAUGAUCAGGAUAUAUUCAGAAAAUUUGAGAAAGCAGCAGGGGUUGAUUUAAAAAGAAAAUCAGAAACUGAACAAUCUGACCGUGAAACGUCCGAAGAAUUAAAAGCUCAAAAACCAAGAGUAAGAGAAGAAAAUAAUCAUAAAUAUUCUUUCAUAAAGCCAUCAGGACAGAGUUCAAAAAAAUUCUAUAUCUCAAAUAAAGAUCCAGAUGCUGAAAAUGCACUUUCAAAUAUUUCUAAUGGGAUACCAGCACAGAGUUUCUAUUCUACUCGGACUGAAGAUACUAAACCGCUUAGUUCUUUCAAAUUUUCAAAUUUAAGAAACUCCAAUGUGGCAGAAACUAAUACUAAUAAUGAUAGAACAGGAAAUUCUAAAGUAUCUUCGGUAAAGGAAGCUCGUGUCUAUGAAAUUCCUGAAGAUUUCUCACCAAAGUUAAAUUACAAGUUUGAAGACGGCUCUGUUCACACAAUCACUAAUCAAGAUUUUAGAUCAUUAUACAAUCACGAGUGGAUAAACGAUUCCAUCUUAAAUUUUUUCAUUAAAUAUUAUGUUGAAAAGUCUGUUUCAGAUGGAGUCGUUUCGAAAAAUGAUGUUGCCAUCCUAUCAUCCUUUUUCUUUUCAAAAUUGAUCAGUACUGAAGAGAAUCAAUAUCACAAUGUAAAAAAAUGGGUAAGCAAUUCAGACCUCUUUUUAAAGAGAUAUAUUGUAAUUCCCAUAAAUACCAAUUAUCAUUGGAUUGCAUGUAUUAUUAGCGGAUUUGACGAGCUUUACUAUGACUUAAACGUUAAACGGCUAACCACGGCUGGCAAUAAAGAGGUGAUUAGAGAGCAUGGAAAGGAAAAAUUAAGACCAUCUUAUCUAUCUGACUCCCCUAAAAUCAAUAUAUAUUUAUUUGAUUCGUUAAGCAAAAGCCGGGGUAGCGAUUUAAAGCCAUUAGUUCGUUUUAUUAUUGAAUACGCAUUUGAUAAAUGUAAAUUGAAUAUUAAACCAGAAUAUGUGAAGAUCAGAAAUUGUUUGGUACCAGAGCAGCCUAAUAUGAGUGACUGUGGUGUUCAUGUCAUUUUAAAUAUAAAGAAGUUUUUUGAAAAUCCAAUAGAGACGGCUACUAUAUGGAAGCAUACUAGCAGAAUAGGUUGUGCUGGGGAUGUAUUAGCAAAUACCUAUUUUGAGAAACAGCUGAGAGGCCAGUCAAGAAAAAAUUUAAGAGAUGUCCUAUUUGAAUUACAAAAGAAGCAAUUGGAGCAGCAAGAAGAAAGCGAGACGAAACUUUCCAAUGACGAACAAGAUGAGAGUAAUGAAGACAUAGUUUUAAUUGAGAAAUCUGGUUUAGAUGAAAUAACUCAGAAACAAGACAAUCCUGAUGAAGCUUCAAAGAAUUUAUGUUCUGAACCACCUAGUCCUAAGUUAGAUAAUAUGAAAAUGAAAAUAUCAAACACUUCCGUAGAACUGAAGAAUAGUGAAUAUGAUCAAAAAUCCGAAAAUGAUGAUGAAAGUAACAAAGACCUCCAUACGUCAACCAACUUAUCUGUCGACUCGAAAUUUAUUAAAAGUUUACAGGACAAGUUAAAUCCUUCUGAAGAAGAUAACCAUGCCACAAAUUUUCAACAUAUGGAAAGAUCCAAACAUCGUAUCAAUGAAUUGCAGAGUUCUCCAAAACGGUCAAGCGAUCAAACUAUACCAGGUUCGCCUGAUCUGAAUAUAUUCAAAACUGGUAAAAAAUCUAAAUAUUUCUCCUCUACUCCAUCUAAAAGAUCUGUUAUUUCACAGAAUUUAUCAAAUAUUUCGUUAUCCGAUGAAUCUAUGACAAGUGACUCUUCAGAGGAUCACUCUAUGACAUCGAAAAUUAAACAGCAAAUCGGAUUAUCUGAUGAUAAAGAUAAUGAAAGUGACGAUGAAAGAUCAGACUUAAAUACACCAAGUGUAAGUCCUUCUCCUGAUAUUGUUACCUCAGGAAAUGUUAUAUUUACAAAACUUCCUCGAAGUGCAAACAGUGACAACUUACAUAAAGUCAGAAUAUCCCCUAAUAUCUACGAAAGGUCAAGUAGGCCCGCAAUUAAUUCAGAAAUGGAUAGUGAUGUGAAUUUGUUGGCCCAUCGAAACAUUUUUCCCAACGAACUUGGGGGUGAAUCUGAGAAAUUAAGAAGAGAAAUCGACCUUGCAUUGGGAAACGAACCAGAAUCUAAGAUAGUUGCAGAUAUCCAAGUUAUAGAAAGGGAAGAUUCCCAGCUAGAAUUAGCAAACAGUUUUCAACGAUUACCAAACUAUGAUAAAGAAAGAAACACAGAGAUGAAUAUCUCACGAACUGUAGAACAAGGCUCUUCAGCUGAUAGUUCCGUUGAGGAGGUUGAAUUUUCUUCGGAUGCGAAUGUGAAAGAUCAUAUUCACAUAUUAGAUGAUUAG